AUGCUGUUUCCUGCUAUAAAAGUGAGUCAGUUAUACAUGUACAUAUCAGUUCAGUCAUUCAGUCGUGUCCAACUCUUUGCGACCCCAUGGACUGCAGUACGCCAGGCUUCCCUGUUCAUCACCAACUCCUGGGACUUGCUCAAAUUCAUGUCUGUAGAGUCAGUGAUGCCAUCCAACCAUCUCAUCCUCUGUCAUCCCCUUCUCAUCCUGUCCUCAAUCUUUCCCAGCAUCAGGGUCUUUUCCAAUGAGUCAGUUCUUUGCAUCAGGUGGCCAAAGUAUACAUAUAUCCACUCUUUUUAA